CGUCCGGAGCGGAGUCGCUCAAGUAAAAGGUAUCCCGCUCGUCUUCCCCUUCAGAAAUCUUCAGCUUCGAGGCCAUGGAUCUUCUCUUCAACGCCUACUCAGCUGCUUCAGACGAGGAAGACGAUGAUGAGAAGAAACUCGUAAGGCCUCCUUUAAAACGAAUAAGGCGCGAAAAUCCAACCUUACAGCUUCAAUCAUUGCCGGAAUAUUGUCCCAAUAACUAUUCUAAUCAGCGACAGGAAGCUUCAAUUCCAGGGAGGUACAUCUCCAAGAGAGAGCGGGCCAUCUCGGCUGUGGCUUCUAGGGUUUCUGAACCGGAUCCAUCAUCCAUGGUCAUCACAUCGCCUGUUAUUGGAAGUAUUUCUGAGUCAGAUGUACCAUUUGGUAUUUUGUCAUCACUGAGAUGUAAAGGAAAGGGCCAUGCACAGCACGGUCAAACUCCAGAAAGGCUGUCCAAAGUACUAACUUGCCACACAAAGCCUGUCAAUUCUAUUCAAUGGUCGCCAACUCAUGAUCAUCUUCUUGCCUCUGCUGGAAUGGAUCACAUGGUCUGUAUAUGGAAUGUAUGGAGCAAAAGUCAGCAGAAAGCACGUAUAUUCAAUUAUCACAAUGCUGCAGUCAAAGAUGUCAGGUGGUUACCACAAGGGUUCUCUCUGCUUUCUUGUGGAUAUGAUUGUUCUUCGAGGCUAGUUGACAUUGAGAAGGGAAUAGAAACUCAGAUUUUUAAGGAAGAUCAAGUUGUUGGGGUCAUAAAAUUCCAUCCAGAAAACUCCAAUCUCUUCCUUUCUGGAGGUUCAAAGGGCCAUCUCAAACUCUGGGAUAUAAGAGUUGGAAAGGCAAUGUGCAACUACAAUCGGAAUCUUGGCCCAGUCCUGGAUGUUGAUUUCAGUUAUGAUGCCAAACAUUUCAUCUCUUCCAGCGAUAUCUCAAGAAGCAAUGUCAGUGAAAACUCUAUUAUUGUUUGGGAUGUCUCACGUCAAGUACCUCUUUCUAACCAGGUUUAUGUGGAAGCCUAUACCUGUCCAUGUGUGAGAUAUCACCCUUUUGAUCCAGUCUUCAUUGCACAGUCACAUGGGAACUAUAUUGCCAUCUUCUCGUCCAAUCCUCCUUUCAAGUUAGACAAGUACAAGAGGUACGAGAGUCAUGGAGUAUCAGGGUUCCCCAUCAAAUGCAAUUUCAGUUUGGAUGGUGAGACACUUGCCUCAGGCUCUUCUGAUGGUUGUAUAUACUUCUACAGCUAUAGAUCCUCUGACCUUAUCAGGAAAAUAAAAGCAUAUGAGCAGGCUUGUUUAGAUGUUGCUUUCCAUCCCCACGUACCUAAUGUGAUUGCUUCAUGCGGUUGGAAUGGAGAAAUUUCAGUGUUUGAGUGAAAUAUCUCAUAAUCAUCUUGGUCUGUGUUGUAUUUAUUUGUUUUUUUAUUUUAUUUCUUAGGGACGGGGUGGGGGAAUCGUUUUGUCUAAGCAACCUUUGUUUCUUUUUUUUUUUGUUUUUUUUGGUUGCAUUGUCUAACCUGCACUUAUUGAGAAGAAAAAUCCUUUCCAUGAUUAGUGGCUUUUCCAGCUAUUCUCGGGAGAGGGGUUUCUUUUUGCUUCAUGAAAUAUGAACUAUCUGAUAGGAAUCUACAGACAUCCAUACCUGCGCCGUAUUAGCAGAAAUCUGCUUGGAUAUAAGCUGGGGCUCGUUUGUCAUCCGAGAAAUUCACUUAUCCGGAAGUUGGUUCAACAUAGUUGUCGGUGGGUUACUGUUCUACAUCCAACAUGGUUCCACGGCGGAGUGUAGGACCAAAAAGUCAGUUUUGAGUCGUAACCUCAGAACAUUGGUGAUGUGAAAUGCAAAUCUUCUCUCCAAAUGUAUGGGGGCAAAUAUGUCAUUUCAAAAUCCCUUUCUGGUGUUGGGUUGGUCGUGGAAAGGUCUUCUUUUAUUGCUCUUAAUGUCUACUACUAGUGACUAGUGAGGCACGUUGGGAGUCCUACAGUAACAGGGAAAGUGGAUAGGGAGAAUCUGAAAUAUCGAUUCCCUCUUUCCAUGAUUACUCGGUCUCAGGGCCCAAAACACACGUUCUUAGUCUACUCUAUGCCAACAUUCGUGGGUCCAAAUUACUUAUGGCCACAUGAGAGUUUUAAACGAGGAAGGGGGAGUCUACAGUCCAAACCCAAGUCCAGGUACUCUUAACCAUGAUUACUAUCUAAAACAGGGAUGGUUCUAAAGUGUGUUUAUGUUGAUGUCUGUUGCCUUUCUUGAUU